ACUGGAGCUUUUGUUUCUUUGUCUGUAAUUCUGAUGUUGUUGAAACUGUGAUGAAGAGGUCAGAGCUCUGUUCCAGGAGGAAGUCUUCUGUUGGAAUCGCCUCGUCUCUGGUAUUACCUGGAAGAAGGACGUGUCCACAGGUCGUCCUGAUGGAGGCGCUGUCCUGCGGGGAGCGGCGUCUGGGCUCUGACGAAGAGUACGCCGCCCCAGCUGUGGGAGUGAGUUUGUGUGACUCCGCCCCGUUGGUGUGGAGGAUGCAGGACCUGAGGGCUGUUAGGGCUCAAGGCCUGGUGGGGGCACUCCUGGGGUCGCUGCCCCGAACGCCCCGACAGAACGGGCGCCUGGGUCGACCGCUGCUGCUGCUGCCGGAGGAGGAGGGGCUGCUGAGGGAGCGCCGCGCCGCUGCAGCCCUGCCGGACCGUUGCCAGCAGGAUUGGGGGGGGGCGGAGCUCCGUCAGAAGCACGAGGAGGAGGAGAAGAAGAGCUUUGAGGAGCAGAGCGUCCUCGCACUGGAGGACAGGAAGUUGGCGCUGCUCCGAGCUAUGACAGGUGCAGAGUCUGGCGCUACGAGUGCAGAUGAAGCCCUGCGGCGCCGCCUGCAGGCUCUGGACCAGAACUUCACCUUCCCGCAGUCAGCAAUGGCAGUCCAGCUGAGCACGGCGAGGGCGGGGCUAAGUUACUGUCCUGAAGCUCGAGCCUUCCUGCAGGCCUACGGGCCAACUGGGGCUGAGCCCCGCUGUGACGCCAGGUACCAGGUGUUCAGAGACCUACGGGGGCGGGGCUUCUACCUGACCUCAGCAGGAAAGUUUGGAGGAGACUUCCUGGUGUAUCCAGGUGACCCUCUGCGGUUCCACGCUCACUUUAUCGCCGUCUGUGUGUCUCUGGAUGAGUCCGUGUGUUUGCUGGAUGUCCUCGCCGUGGCUCGUCUGGGAUCCAACGUGAAGAAGACGGUCCUUCUGUGUUCGCCGGGGCCAGACGCCAGGGUCUGCUACACGUCGCUUCAGUGGAGCGGGAUGAUUUAAACCCGGGGGACAGGACAGACGGCGCCCGCCGGCCCAUGUUAAGGCAGGUCCGCAUCCUGCAUCUAAAACCUGUUUCUGUAAGUUUGAGGCUGAAGAACAACUGCAGGAGGUCAUGUGACUGACAGGGCGGAGCAGGGCCACGGCCUCUAAAGGACAGUAGAGCGUGAUCGGUCUGCUCUUUGUUUCUGCGUGGCGAGCGUCACAGAUGCAGCUCUCUGCAGCUCAGACUCAUCCACGCGGUUUCUCUGAUGAAGCCUGCCGUGCAGCCGAGUCCAGCUCUGACCUCCGAGCCGUUCGACAACUUUGUCUUAAAGCAGUGUGCUGGAGGUGAAAGGGCCCCGACAAACCCCGCCCACUUCUUUAUUUCUUUUCAUCAGUGACAGUGCGAGGAAACAAAGGACAGCUCUCCUUUUUUCAAAGAUUGUAUUUUCUCAGUGAGUCAUUGUGUUGAAAUAAAAGUGAUGUGGCAUUGA